AACAGUUACCAAACUGCACGGCCCUGGCCUGCCAGCACCACUGCGUGCCGACGCUGAACGGACCAGCCUGCUACUGCAACAACUCCUUCCAGCUGGCUGAGGACAGGAGGAGCUGCAAAGACUUUGAUGAAUGCACCAUCUAUGGGACCUGCAGCCAGACAUGUACCAACACAGAGGGCUCCUACACGUGUAGCUGUGUUGAAGGAUACCUCUUGCAGCCCGAUAAUAGAUCCUGCAAAGCCAAGAAUGAGCCCGUGGACCGCCCGCCCGUGCUGCUCAUUGCCAACUCCCAGAACAUCCUGGCCACCUACCUGAGCGGAGCCCCUGUGCCCAACAUCACCCCCACCAGCGCCAAGCAGACCACGGCCAUGGACUUCAACUACGUUGAAGACACAGUGUGCUGGGUUCACGUGGGCGACAGUGCCUCCCAGACCAUUCUCAAGUGUGCCAAGAUCCCCAACCUGAAGGGCUUCGUGGAAGAGCGCUCCAUCAACAUCUCCCUCAGCCUACACCAUGUGGAGCAGAUGGCUAUUGACUGGCUCACGGGCAACUUCUACUUCGUGGAUGACAUCGAUGACAGGAUCUUUGUCUGCAACAAGAACGGAGUCACCUGCGUCACGCUGCUGGACCUGGAGCUGUACAACCCCAAGGGGAUAGCGCUGGACCCAGCUAUGGGCAAAGUGUUCUUCACCGACUACGGGCAGAUCCCCAAGGUGGAGCGCUGCGACAUGGACGGGCAGAACCGCACCAAGCUGGUGGACAGCAAGAUCGUCUUCCCCCACGGCAUCACCCUGGACUUGGUGAACCGGCUGGUGUACUGGGCUGACGCCUACCUGGACUACAUUGAGGUGGUGGACUACGAAGGCAAGAACAGACAUACCAUCAUCCAGGGCAUCCUGAUUGAACACCUCUACGGGCUAACCGUCUUCGAGAACUACCUCUACGCCACCAACUCUGACAACGCCAACGCCCAGCAGAAAACCAGCGUCAUCCGGGUCAACCGCUUCAACAGCACCGAGUACCAGGUGGUGACGCGGGUGGACAAGGGAGGAGCACUGCACAUCUACCACCAGCGGCGCCAGCCCACAGUGAGGAGCCACGCCUGUGAGCCCGGUCCGUUUGGCAAGCCGGGAGGCUGCUCGGAUAUCUGCCUUCUCGGGAACAGCCACAAGACCCGAACCUGCCGGUGCCGCUCCGGGUUCAGCCUGGGCAGCGACGGGAAGUCCUGCAAAAAGCCUGAGCAUGAGCUGUUCCUGGUGUACGGGAAGGGGCGUCCAGGCAUCAUCCGCGGCAUGGACAUGGGGGCCAAGGUGCCGGACGAGCACAUGAUCCCCAUCGAGAACCUCAUGAACCCCCGAGCGCUGGACUUCCACGCUGAGACCGGCUUCAUCUACUUUGCUGACACCACCAGCUACCUCAUCGGGCGCCAGAAGAUUGACGGCACGGAGCGAGAGACCAUCCUGAAGGACGGCAUCCACAACGUGGAAGGGAUCGCUGUGGACUGGAUGGGGAACAACCUGUACUGGACGGAUGACGGCCCCAAAAAGACCAUCAGCGUGGCUCGGCUGGAGAAGGCUGCCCAGACGCGGAAGACACUGAUCGAGGGGAAGAUGACCCACCCCCGAGCGAUCGUGGUGGACCCCCUGAACGGGUGGAUGUACUGGACGGACUGGGAGGAGGAUCCCAAGGACAGCAAGAGGGGCAAAAUCGAGAGAGCCUGGAUGGACGGUUCCAACCGCAACAUCUUCAUCACCUCCAAGACUGUCCUGUGGCCCAACGGGCUGAGCCUGGACAUCCCAGCCAAGAUCCUCUACUGGGUGGAUGCUUUCUAUGACCGCAUUGAGAUGGUCUAUCUCAACGGCACCGAGCGGAAGAUCGUGUACGAGGGACCUGAGCUGAAUCACGCCUUCGGGCUGUGCCACUACAGCAGCUUCCUCUUCUGGACCGAGUACCGCAGCGGCAGCAUCUACCGCCUGGACCAGGCCUCCAAGGUGGUGAGCCUGCUGCGGAACGAGCGCCCGCCCAUCUUUGAGAUCCGGAUGUACGAUGCGCAGCAGCAGCAAGUGGGGUCCAACAAGUGUCGGGUAAACAACGGCGGCUGCAGCAGCUUGUGCCUGGCCACCCCACGGGGCCGUCAGUGUGCCUGUGCUGAGGACCAGAUCCUGGGACCAGACUCUGUCACCUGUCAGGCCAACCCGUCCUACAUCCCCCCUCCGCAGUGCCAGCCUGGGGAGUUCGCCUGCAAGAAUAACCGCUGCAUCCAGGAGCGCUGGAAAUGCGACGGGGACAACGACUGCCUGGACAACAGUGACGAAGCCCCUGAACUCUGCCACCAGCACACCUGCCCCUCGGACCGUUUCAAGUGCAAGAACAACCGCUGCAUCCCCAACCGCUGGCUCUGCGAUGGGGACAACGACUGUGGGAACAACGAGGACGAGUCCAACUCCACCUGCUCAGCUCGGACCUGCUCCCCCAACCAGUUCUCCUGUGCCAGCGGGCGCUGCAUCCCCAUCUCCUGGACGUGUGACCUGGACGAUGACUGUGGGGACCGCUCAGACGAGUCUGCCUCCUGCGCCUACCCGACCUGCUUCCCCUUGACGCAGUUCACCUGCAACAACGGGCGCUGCAUAAACAUCAACUGGCGAUGUGACAACG